AUGGCCCUUUUCCUCGCCCGCCAGCACAGCUCCGAUCUGGACAGCGUGGUAGAAUACCUGCCAGAGGCGGUGAUCGAUCGGCUGCUGGAGCGCAAGGCCGCAAAGCUCAAGGAGCAGGCCGGGGAGGCGGCCAUCACGCAGCAGCAGGAUGACCCGGGCCAGUCUCUGUCGUUUGACGAGCUGGUGGCACUGGCGCAGCCGUCAGACCUGGUCCUGGAUGCCUAUAGCGCUCGGGGGGUGCUCAACGCCGCACCCAGGUCAGCCACGGCGCUCAGCAGCCUCAAGCUGGCGCCCGACCGGUUUCUGCAGCGGUACGAGGUCGCCACGCAGUCGGGGGAGGAGAUGAUGCUAACGUUCGACAUGCAGCUGGAGGAGGCGCUGGUUCCCAAGUACCGAGGCCUGCAGGUGGUGAAGCGGUGGUUCCUCAAGGGCAUCACGGGCGAGCCUGCACACCCCGGGGACCUCCCCGCCAAGCCCGAGCCGUGCUGGGGACCCGAGGCCGUGGUCCAAGCCCAGCUGGCGGCGCUGCAGGAAGGGGGCGCCGGCCGCAUCUUCCGCUUUGCCAGCCCCGGCAACCGGCGCGCCACGGGGCCCGUGGAGCGCUUUGCGCAGAUGCUGCAGGCGCCGCUGUACCGCCCGCUGCUGCGCCACCUGUCGGCAGACCUGCUGCGCACCGUGCAGAUGCAGCCAGACCUGACGCUGCUGAUUGUGGGAGUGCGUUCCAACAUCCCCACUGCCGAGCUGGGUGUCACUCAGGGGGCAGUGUACAGCUGGACGCUGCGGCUGCAGCAGGACGAGGGCUGCCAGGGCUGCUGGAUGACGGAGAGCGUCCAGCCAAUCAGUCAGAACCUGUUCAAGAUGUGAGCCGGUGCGCUCUCUAUCCCUGUUUCAACACACCGUCUUGUUUCCACAUCUCAAACCGCCUUCAGCUUUUUCCCUCGGUUCACCUGCCCUUUGCCAAACUGAAACCCGACUGCCGUGCACCCGCCCCUCUUCAGAAUUGUACAACACGCUCGCUCCAAUGGACUCCACUGAAUAUGAUCACCUCUUGCUUGAACCAAUCCUCUCUUGUCGCUCGCGCAUUUGCACGCCCCACUCCUGUUGAUUGGGUCCUGUACCACUCGUUGUCUGAUGUGCUUCCUCACAAAUCAGUACCGUACAUACAAUCCAUCUGAGAGCAGUAAUCAAUGCUAGC